AUGGCCCUGCCAAAGACCUUCUUGUGGUUGGAUAUCUGGAUUGCAAUAAUCUUCUGCAUCUGCUUACGGGUAGGUUGUGGACAGGCAAGAGCAGAGAAGUCUCCAGGGGCAUACUUCCUGCCUGAGUUUGCCCUUUCUCCUCAAGGAAGUUUUCUUGAAGACACGACGGGAGAGCAGUUCCUUACUUACCGUUAUGAUGAUCAGACAUCAAGAAUUACUCGGUCGGAUGAGGAUAAAGAUGGUGGCUGGGAUGCCUGGGGUGCUUGGAGUGACUGUUCUCGGACCUGUGGUGGAGGAGCAUCUUAUUCUCUGAGGAGAUGCUUGAAUGGAAGGAGCUGUGAAGGGCAGAAUAUUCGAUACAAAACCUGCAGCAAUAAUGACUGCCCUUCUGAUGCUGGUGAUUUCAGAGCCCAACAGUGUUCAGCCUACAAUGAUGUCCAGUACCAAGGCCACUACUAUGAAUGGCUUCCUAUCUAUGAUGAUUCAGCAGCACCUUGUGCCCUUAAGUGCCAAGCUCGAGGGCAAAACUUGGUUGUGGAAUUGGCACCCAAAGUUCUUGAUGGGACUCGUUGCAACAUUGACUCUUUGGAUAUGUGUAUUAGUGGCAUUUGUCAGGCAAUAGGAUGUGAUCGACAACUUGGGAGCAAUGCCAAAGAAGACAACUGUGGUGUCUGUGCAGGAGAUGGAUCAACAUGCAGACUUGUGAGGGGACAGUCUAAGUCACAUGUUUCUCCUGAAAAAAGAGAAGAAAAUGUGAUUGCUGUUCCACUGGGGAGUCGAAGUGUGAGGAUCACUGUGAAAGGACCAGCACACCUCUUUAUUGAAUCAAAAACCCUUCAAGGAAGUAAAGGAGAGCACAGUUUUGCUGCCCCUGGAAUUUUUAUUAUAGAAAACACUACAGUUGAAUUUCUGAGAGGAUCUGAUAGAGAAACCUUUAAGAUUCCGGGUCCUUUGGGAGCAGAUUUCAUUUUCAAGACCAGGUAUACAUCCUCCAGAGACAGCGUGGUCCAGUUCUUCUUCUACCAGCCUAUCAGUCAUCAGUGGAGACAAACAGACUUCUUUCCCUGCACUGUUACCUGUGGAGGAGUUUUGCUCCCGAGCUGGGAACAUAAUCCUUGGACAGCAUGCUCAGUGUCCUGUGGUGGAGGGAUCCAGAGGCGGAGCUUUGUUUGUGUAGAAGAGUCUAUGCAUGGAGAGAUAUUACAAGUGGAAGAGUGGAAAUGCAUGUAUGCCCCCAAGCCCAAGGUGAUGCAAACUUGUAACCUCUUUGAUUGUCCCAAAUGGAUUGCCAUGGAGUGGUCUCAGUGCACAGUGACAUGUGGUCGGGGGUUAAGAUAUCGAGUUGUCCUUUGUAUCAACCAUAAUGGACAGCAUGUUGGGGGCUGCAAUCCACAACUCAAGUUACACAUCAAAGAGGAAUGUAUCAUCCCAGUCCCAUGUUAUAAACCAAAAGAAAAAAACCCAGUGGAAGCCAAAUUACCCUGGUUCAAACAAGCCCAGGAACUAGAAGAGACCAGAACAGCAGCAUCAGAAGAACCAACGUAUAUUCCUGAGCCAUGGUCAGCCUGCAGCACCACCUGUGGUCCAGGUGUCCAAGUCCGAGAGGUCAAGUGUCGAGUCCUGCUUACAUUCACUCAGACAGAAACAGAGCUGCCUGAGGAAGAGUGCGAAGGUCCUAAGCCAUUCACAGAGAGACCUUGCCUCCUUGAAGCAUGUGAUGAUAUCCCUGCUGUACGUGGGCUGGAUUUCUCUUGGCAUGAAAAGGACAGUGAAACAAUUUAUGAUUGGGAGUAUGUUGGUUUUACUCCUUGCUCGGCUACAUGUUUGGGAGGCAAACGAGAAGCCAUAGCUCGAUGUCUACACAUACAGACCCACCAAGCCGUCAAUGACACACUGUGUGACAAGGCCCAUCGACCCCCUCCAAUGACUCAGGGUUGCAACACUGAUCCGUGCCCUCCAAGGUGGCAAACAGGGUCCUGGAGGCCAUGCUCCGCAACUUGUGGUGUGGGAAUACAGACCAGAGACGUGUACUGCCUGCAACCUGGGGAACCCCUUGUCCCUUCUGAAGAGUGCAAAGAUGAAAAACCUCAUGUUUUGCAAGCUUGCAAUCAGUUUGACUGUCCCCCUGGCUGGCACAUAGAAGAGUGGCAACAGUGUUCUAGGACCUGUGGUGGAGGAACUCAAUAUCGGAGAGUGACCUGUAGGCAGCUGCUGACAGACGGCAGCUUUCUGAACCUGUCGGAUGAAUUGUGUCAAGAACCCAGAGCAUCAUCCCAUAAGUCUUGUGCCAGAACGGACUGUCCACCUCAGUUAGUUUUAGGAGACUGGUCCAAGUGUUCUGUAAGUUGUGGUGUCGGGAUUCAGAGAAGGAAGCCCGUCUGUCAAAGGCUGACCGCCAAAGGUCGCAACGUCACGCUCAAUGGGUCACUGUGCAGCGGUCGGCCACAUGCCCCUCUCAUAAGGUCUUGCAGGAUGGCGAUGUGCAAUGUGAUAAAGCCAGAGAUUAUACCAAAAUAUGGUGCCCAAGGUCCUCAGAUCCUUGGCAUCAAAAAAGUCUACAUUCAAACCAGAGAAGAAAAACGAAUUAAUUUUACAAUAGGUGGGAGGGCCUAUUUACUUCCCAAAACAUCUGUAGUCAUCAAGUGCCCAGUAAGAAGGUUCCAAAAAUCUCUUAUUCGGUGGGAAAAAGAUGGGCAGCGUUUGCAGAACUCCAAAAGAUUUGGCAUAACCAAGUCAGGUUCAAUGAAGAUUCAUAGCCUUGAAGCCAGCGAUAUUGGAUUGUACCGGUGUGUUGCAGGGCCUGUUCAUGAAACAUUUGUUCUCAAGCUAAUUGGUACUGAUAACCGUCUUAUAGAACCACCAGCCUUCCAAGACCACCCUCUUGAACAUGGCAGGAUAGACCAUAAUGAAGCUAAUAGUUUGGGAGCCACAUGGCAUAAAAUGAGACAAAUAUGGAGUCAACAAAAUGAACUCUACCUGGAUGAUGGCCAAGUUAGCGACCAGCCACUUUUAAGAGCUCUCAUACACCAUGGCAAUAAUCCAGCAGAAAAUUCCAACUCUUUGGAGUUCAAGGAUAAAUUCUUAGAAGCAGCAGUCCUACAAGGGUCCUACAGUAUGGACACUGUACAGUUUGAGGAACUAAUAAAGAACAUGAGUCAACUUAUUGAAACUGGAGAGGUGAAUGAUGACAUCGCAUCCCAAGUGAUCUACGAGGUGGUUGCAGAGUUAGCAAAGGUCCAGCCUACGAGGGAGAAAUCGAGAGGAGCCCAAGUAGAAUCAUCUCCCCCAAAGUUAAAUAUGAAAAUUCAAAAUGUAUCUAGCAGUUCCAACUCAAAAAACCCAAACAGACUAACUUUCAAGCAAAAGGGACUUGCUCUUAUGAAACAAAACAAAUUCCCCAAUAUUUCAUUUAAUAAAACAAUAAAUUCAAGGAUUGGAAGUACAGUUUUUAUUACCCAAAGUACUGAGGUCAUCAAUUUGUUCUGUGACCUCAUUAAAACAAAUGAUGCUAAAUAUACAUGGACCAAAGAUGGAGCAUUACUACAGCCCUCAGAAAAAAUAAUACUAGAUGGCACCAGAAAAGUACAAAUCCGGAAUCCUACAAAGGAAGAACAAGGUAUAUAUGGAUGUAACGUGGUUAAUCAUCUUCAUUCAGAAACAAAAAAUUCCUCAGUGUUAUAUGCAGAGGUGCCUGUCAUCUUGACUGUUGCGAGAAAUAUCACAGAAUUGGAACGUGGCCGUCUGACUAUAAUUGUUGGUGGCACUGCCAAGGCAAGAAUAGGAGCCAACAUCACCAUUAGGUGUCCAGCAAAAGGUAUUCCUCAGCCCGAUAUUACUUGGUUUAAAAGGGGAGGAUCCCUGAGUGAUAAUGCUUUCUUACUUUUCAAUGGGUCCCUAUUGUUGAAGAAAGUUUCACUUGAAAAUGAGGGAACAUAUGUGUGCACGGCUACCAAUGCCCUCGGAAAAGCAAUGGCAGCAUCUGUUCUUCACUUGUUUGGACCAAGAUACCCAGAUAUGAAAGUAACUUUGCCCAAAGGGAACAAGAAACAUGUUCUAAUAUCAUCCAACAUCAGUACAAGUAUCUCAAGCUUGACAACUGGACAAAUGCUCCAUAUAGAAUAUAAUUGGGAGCCUGGUGAAUGGACACAUUGCUCUGCUACCUGUGGCAACCUGGGAAGUCGUGUUCAGAGACCCCAGUGCCUGACAACAAAAAGACAAAAAGUCAAUGAGACCCUUUGUGAUCCCCACCAGAAGCCACAGAAUCUGGUCCAGCCCUGCAACAGGCACGACUGUCCUGCAAGGUGGCUGACGAGUAACUGGUCAGAAUGUUCUGUGUCUUGUGGUAAUGGAUUUCGCCAUCGGCAGAUAACCUGUGAACGGGUAAAAGCCAGCGGCAUCGUUCAGGCGCUGUCUCCAAAUGCUUGUGCCCAUAAAGAUCGACCUUUGGGAAGAAAACGUUGUUGGGGUCAAGCUUGUGGGGAAUGGGCAGUUCAGCUAGGGAGCCAGUGCGUUGGACAGUGUCCGGGCCGUGCCCAGGAGAUGCAGCGUCUGCCAGAGCUCUGUCAGCAUCGCAAUGGCUCGGCAGUAUCUGACCUGGACUGCAAUGAAAGAAAGAGAUCCAACAUGAGGAGAAACUGCUCCUCUGAGCCAUGCGAUGUGUAUUGGCGCACUGGCCCUUGGAGGCCCUGCACAGCAGCCUGUGGCAAUGGGUUUCAAUCCCGGAAAGUGGAAUGUGUGCACCGAAAGAGUGGCCAACCGGUGGCGGUUCACCACUGUGGUUCUAGACAAAGGCCAGUGAGCUGGAAGCACUGCAAUGUCACUUCCUGUGGUAGAGAAUGCAAGGACACAACUCACUAUUGUACGUUUGUAAAGCAUCUAAACUUGUGUUCAAUAGAUCUCUACAAACAAAGGUGUUGCCAGUCUUGUCAAGAAGCAUAG